UGUAGCUCUCUAUCAAUCAGAUGGAUAAAUAUCUUCUGUCUUUUCACUUUACAAUUUGGCGCACGAAUUAAACCGAAGAAUUCUAGUGUGAGAAAUGAUGUUUCUGGUGGCAUUACUCCAUAUUAGGUUUACUGAUACAACUUGUUUCAAUAACGAAUAUUGAGCAAUCGUCAUCAACAAUUGAAUACUAAUUAUGGAGGCAACAUCGUCACUUUCGUUCUACGAUUUCCUCGAUCGGAUGCGGAAUCCAGCUUCCCUUGAUCUUGUUCGAUCAAUUAAAAGCUUCAUUGUUUCAUUUUCAUUCUAUACACCAAACUCUGAAAGUGAUGGGAAAAGAUUACAAGAAUUUCUUGAGACAAUGGAAGCUACUAUAAGAGAUCAUACUCUAUGGGCUGGUGCAACGGAAGAAGAAGUUGAUAGUGCUGUCGAGGGUUUGGAGAAGUACGUUAUGACAAAGUUGUUCUCUCGAACAUUUGCUGUUUCGAUCGAAGAUUCCAAGGCUGAUCAAGAUAUAUCUGAAAAAAUAUGCCUUCUAAGGAGCUUUUUAAAACCUGAGCAUUUGGAUAUCCCUCCAAAUUUUCAUAAUGAAUCUUCAUGGCUGCUUGCACAGAAAGAGCUGCAGAAAAUAAAUGCUUUCAAGUCGCCUCGAGAGAAACUCCUUUGUAUUAUGAGUUGCUGCAGAAUCAUCAACAAUUUGUUGCUCAAUGGAUCGAUGUCUGACAAUCAUGUCUCUGGUGCUGAUGAUUUUCUUCCGAUUCUCAUAUAUAUUACCAUUAAGUCCAAUCCUCCUCAACUGCAUUCUAACCUCAAGUUUAUCCAACUAUAUCGGAGGGAAUCAAAACUCGUCUCAGAAGCUGCUUACUAUUUCACCAACCUUGUAUCGGUUAACUCAUUUAUCGUCAAUUUAGAUGCAAAGUCACUUUCAAUUGACGAAAAUGAGUUUCACGAUAGCAUGCAGACAGCUUUAGCUGACCGGGCAGCUUUAAGGAACAAUCCAGUUGUUCCAAAAGAGCAAACUUCGUUGCCAUCUCAAGCUCUUAAAAUAAAAACAAACAGAAUAUUGACGCCAAUUCAGUCUCCACCUGGUUCAACAAACAGUAAUGGUGACUGGGAGUUUCCUUUUAUGGAAGCAGAAGCUGGCGAAUUAACGGUUUCAGAUGUGGAGAAACUUCUUGGUUUGUAUAAGGAAGUUGUUCGGCGAUUUACAAGGGGCGUGAGAAUCAAUAACGAUCCGAAUAAUCAAAACUCCGAAGAUUAAAUUGUAAGUGUUUUGUUAUUCAAACAUAUUAGCUUAAGCUCAAAUGACAAAUUUUUUUUGCAUAACAUACUAAAUAUCUCAAAUUCCAUACUCACUUGGUCGGUUCUUAUUUAAUGUACGAAAUGUAUUUUUUUCGUUUUGUUUCGUAAAAAAAUCAAUUUUAUCAAA